AUGGGUUUCUUCUCGCCAGUGAAGAGAUUUCCUACAAGACUGCUGGGGACUACUCCUGCGCUAUGCUUGCUACCUUCUCCUGACAGAAAUCUAUGUUUGACGCGUACUUUAACUUCGCGACCCGGCGAACACGCCAGCAGCCUGGAGCACAUCGGCGUACCAGGUGCCCUGGCGCACGCUGUCCGUACGGUUUACCCCCACGUACAACGGCCUUACCCGUAUCAGGCACGGCUUGUGCCAUCUGUUGUGCGAGGAGCUAAUGUGACUCUGAAGGGAAGCACGGGAUCCGGAAAAUCCUUUUCACUUGCUCUAGCCACGCUCACACAGGCAUGGCAUAGUCUACCGGAGUCACAUACACGAGUGUCUACAUUGAUACUUGUGCCUCACAGAGACCUUGGCGCACAAUACCUCGCUUGGAUGACGAGCAUCACCGCGGCUGCACACGAAUCGCAUCUUCGAGGCGCAUUCCCCAAUUCCUUAUCCCCCGAGCAGAUUCAUCUCCUGGCGCGAGGAUACUCCGAUGACAUGACGGUGUUACAUAUGCGGUCGUUUCCGCGCAUUGUCAUAGCCACUCCUUCUGCCCUUAUCGCUGCGCUCGGCAAUCACAUAACACCCGAAACUGUGUCUGGACUGUUUUCAACCGUUGUCGUUGACGAACUGGACGACCAAUUGGACUAUGUACCGCAUGGAGAUACGUCUAAGACACUGAACAAGCUUAUCAAAGCUAAGAUGAAGCGGCAUCCACGACCCACGAAAGAGCUUCUGGACGCGUUUACUGUCGCAAACCGCCCAUUGGUCGGAUCCUACCACACCCCGGGAGUCUCCGCUGUACCCCAGCUUGUUCUUGCAUCAGCGACAUACCGUGAAGGACUUGUUGACUUCGUGCACAAGCAUCGAUACUUUGAUGUGCGCCGUGAGCUUGUGCGUAUCAAGGUCCAUCCGGGCGAAAUCGAACGUCAGAGGGACAACAUGAUGGAGAAUGCGAAACUCGCGCACAAUAGGAAGUCAGGCGCUCCAAUACUUCACCAUGCAUUGGUCAUCAUGCCGGAUGGACAAGUACGCAAUCACCCGAAGGCUUUCAAGCGCUAUUAUCAAGAGACAGCGCGUAGCAGCAUCCCUCCUGAGAAGUCUCUUAUCGGAGAGACUUCCGUGGUCUCUGACCCGGAAGUCGAGGAGCCCACGGUUGAGGCAAUUUUGGCGAAGGCGGAGGAAGUCAGCAACGAGAUGUCGGUGGAAGAUGACACGCCCGAAGAGCUUGUUGAAAAGUACAGGAAUAUAGAAUCGCCUUUUAAUCAGCGUGCCCUCGAAGUGGUGGCAGAAGUCUUCGCGCACGAGAUAAAGCUUCUUUCUUUGCUAAUUCUGCCUUCUGAAGCCUCGGUCCGGCGUGCUGUAUGGGAGCUUCGUCAGCUGGGUGUCAAUGCAAUCGGCCUGAAUCUGAAGGGUAACCCCAACCUCCUGCGUGGCGACGCGACGGUGAAGCAACCGACACUCCUCGUUGCUACAGACGCCGCGACGCGCGGGCUGGAUAUCUGGAACUUGAGCCACCUCUUUAUCUAUGGCGUGCCGGAGGGUCAUCGGAGUGCGGACAAGUAUUUGCAUUGGGCAGGGCGCGUCGGACGCCUGGCAGGACGGGACCAGGGGCUUCAACCAGCGAGGGUCAUCACUAUCAUUAUCGAGCGCACCCAAUCAAGCGCGGAGGAGCCUUCCCCGCGCGUUGAUGCUCUUAACCCACGAACGAUCAGAGACGGGGGGAGGGCUCUCGAGCGGAUAUUCGACAAAUUGCAUAUCCGUCCGUACAUGUAUGUACCGUACGAGGAGUAA